AAAUCAUUUCAGUUAAACAUUCUUAUUUAUACACACAUACACAUACCUGUGUCUAUCUCCUUGUUUUCACACAAAUUCAUCGCCAAAUCGCAAGAGCUCACACUACAAGAUCCGAAAUUCACACUCAUUACACACUUCUAAGCUCCUCACGGAAAACUAAGAGCUAAAGACGGGAGUUCUGUGUUGUGUUGUUAAUGCUGAAAGCAGAAGUUCAUUUAUGAUACAGAAGAGGUAGAUAUCCUCUUUUGGCCGAGAAUUUGAUUUUGAAAUAAUGGCGCCAUCAAGCAAGGCUGAUAAAAAGGCUGCAAUAGAUGCAGCUGCAUGGAUGUUUAAUGUAGUCACUUCCGUCGGGAUCAUCAUUGUCAAUAAAGCCUUAAUGGCGACAUAUGGAUUUAGUUUUGCUACAACAUUAACUGGUUUGCAUUUCCUUACGACAACUUUGAUGACGGGUGUCCUUAGAUGGUUGGGAUAUAUCCAGCCUUCUCAUUUACCUAUUUCAGAGCUGCUCAAAUUUGUCCUCUUUGCAAAUUUCUCUAUUGUAGGGAUGAAUGUUAGCUUGAUGUUGAACUCAGUCGGAUUCUACCAGAUCGCAAAGCUAAGUAUGAUUCCUGUAUCCUGCUUAUUGGAAGUUGUCCUAGACAAAAUCAGAUAUUCAAGAGAUACAAAACUGAGCAUCUUAGUCGUUCUGAUGGGUGUUGCUGUCUGUACUGUUACUGAUGUGAGUGUUAAUGGUAGAGGAUUCAUUGCUGCUUUUAUUGCAGUGUGGAGUACUUCUAUGCAGCAAUAUUAUGUUCAUUACCUUCAGCGGAAAUACUCACUUAGUUCUUUUAAUUUGUUGGGGCACACUGCGCCAGUCCAAGCUGCCUCUCUUUUGUUAAUAGGCCCCUUUCUGGAUUAUUUAUUGACUGACAAGAAAGUAUAUGAAUUUGACUUCAACAUGGCAUCUGCGACAUUCUUAUCACUUUCGUGCAUAAUCGCAAUAGGGACCAACCUGAGCCAGUUCAUUUGCAUUGGCAGAUUCACAGCAGUGUCAUUUCAAGUACUUGGCCAUAUGAAAACAAUCCUUGUUUUGAUCUUGGGAUUCUUGUUCUUUGGAAAAGAGGGUCUUAAUAUACAAGUGGUCAUUGGCAUGCUCAUAGCCAUAGUUGGAAUGGUCUGGUAUGGGAAUGCAUCUUCUAAGCCAGGCGGCAAGGAACGCCGCAGCCACUCUAUGUCUAGGAGCAGCCAACAGAAGCUUGUUCCAUCUUUAGAACCAACUGAACUUGAUGACAAGGUUUAAUCAGAUCUCAAAAUUUAAUUGGAGCAUACAGAGGGUAGCUGAUACAAUAGGUACCAGGAAAGCUUUAGCAAUCCGAUUCUAGAUACAAACAGUCAAAUACUGCCAUAUCUUUCCCGAUUCUGUAAUUCUCAUCUUUCAUUGUGGAAAUUCUUGGGGGUUUAAAACUCAACUAUAUAGAGCUCUAUGUUUUCCCAUUGUUAUAAUUUAUAAUAAUUUAUACUUGUGCAUUUUUUUAUACAAUUAAAAUAUUCUUUCUUCAGGUUGACCUUAUAUGAGUAUGAUUUAUUAUUUC